AUGCGACACUUGACAGAAACUCUGCGAAUAGAAAUAUUAAUGAUGAUUGGUUAUGGUGAUAUGUGCAGAUCACAACAGCAAGUUACAAACCUUUUUAAUGGAAAAUACCCAUAUUUACCACCACUUUUUCAGGCAACUGUGUCUAAAAUACAUGCACAAUUUCGUGAAUAUGGACACGUUAAACCAUUACGCAGGACGCCUCAUUUUAUUGAUGAAAAUGUGAAAGUUAAUAUUUUAUUAGCUUUUCAAGAAGAUCCAACAAUUUCUACGCGUCAGGUUGCACGUGAAAACGUCAUUCGACCGUUUUAA